AUGACAUCCACGGGUGUCAACUAUGCUCAAUCGCAUGAUCAUGGUCCGCCAGGAGGCAGAAGUGGCAGUGAUCCUGAGAAAUUGGUCGUGGACCGUCCGCCAAGCGUCCACGAAUCGCUGCGAGCCGGAAAGAUUGAUCACACGCAUCGGAAGCUCAAGUCGCGACAUAUUCAACUCAUUGGAAUUGGUGGCACCAUUGGAACAGCCCUCUACGUUCAGAUUGGCAAAAGUCUGAUCGCGGGCGGUCCUGGCAGCCUCUUCCUCGCCUUCGCGAUAUGGUGCACUGUCAUCUUGGCGGUGACGAUUAGCACCGCUGAAAUGGUGACUUACCUCCCCAUUUCCUCGCCCUUUAUCCGCUUUGCUGGUCGAUGGGUCGAUGAAGCAAUUGGAUUUGCCGCUGGUUGGAACUUUUUCAUCUUCGAGGCGGCCUUGGUGCCAUUUGAGGUUACCGCGUGCAAUCUGAUUAUUCACUUCUGGAGUGAUGCGGUGCCGGUUGGAGGUAUCAUCGCCAUCAUCAUAUUUCUCUACGGGCUCAUCAACAUCCUGGCUGUCAAAUGGUAUGGAGAAACUGAGUUCUGGGCGGCUUUGGGCAAAAUGCUGCUCAUCGUUGGGCUCAUUAUAUUCACUUUUAUUGUCAUGCUGGGUGGCAAUCCUCUCCAUGACCGGUUUGGUUUUCGAUACUGGUAUGAACCAGGCGCAUUUGCCGAGUAUUACCAUACGGGCGAUACCGGCCGGUUCAUGGGCUUCCUUCAGUGUCUCAUUGCUGCCGCGUUCACCAUUGCUGGGCCUGACUACGUCUCCAUGGCCGCUGGUGAGGCUGAGAACCCACGAAAGGUAAUGCCGCGUGCUUUCAACGCAGUCUUUUACCGCUUGACCUCAUUUUUCAUGCUUGGUGCGCUUUGUGUUGGCAUUUUGGUCCCGUACAAUGAUCAGACUUUGAAGGAUGCCUACACAAAUGGCGAACCUGGCGCUGCAGCCUCGCCCUACGUUGUUGCCAUGAACCGCCUAGGCAUACCAGUGCUACCACAUAUCGUCAACGCGAUGGUCUUGACAGCAGCCUUUUCAGCCGGUAACAGCUAUGUUUAUUGCGCCUCUCGUUCACUAUUCGGGCUAGCUCUUGAGGGCAAAGCACCAAAGUUCCUCACCAAGUGUCUCAAGAACGGUGUUCCCGUUUACAGUGUCAUAGUUGUGCUGUUGAUCGCAUUACUUUCGUUCCUGCAAGUCAGUUCCAACACUGCAACCGUGCUAGGAUGGUUCGUCUCCCUCAUCACUGCCUCGCAGGUCAUCAACUACUGUGUCAUGGCAGCGACCUAUAUCUGUUUCUACAGAGCGCUCAAGGCUCAGGGAAUUGACCGAAAGUCCCUGCCGUACCGGGGUAUAUUUCAGCCUUAUGCGGCUUGGUAUGCUUGCGGUGCGACGUUUGUCAUGGCCUUUUUUGGAGGAUACACUGUUUUUCUUCCAGGCAAUUGGGACGUCAGCACCUUUCUUUUCAGUUACAUGAUGGUGUUUAUCUUCCCUGUCCUCUUCAUAGGAUGGAAGCUCAUCCACAAAACCAAGUUCUACUCGCCAGAAGAAGUCGACCUCCAGCAGGAUCUCGCCGGGAUCGAAGAGUAUACAAGGAAUUAUGUGCCCAGACCUGCCAAGAACUUCUAUGACAGGGGCUUGGACUUUCUGUUUGGCUAG